UCCUCCUCCUUGUUUUACAGAGUGUUUCACCCCCUCUGCACAACCGUCACUGACGUUUAAGCUGUGGCUGCUUGGGGGAAGCAGAGCAAAAUGAUCAGGCAGAGAACGAGGAGAACCCUUGCCCUCUGAAAUUAUUGUUCUGGUUAAUAAUUAAGGAACCAACUAAUUUGAGAGGACAAAAUGAAACUGUAAUGGUUCGACUAAACGGCAGAGGCUUUGAGCGGUGAUUUCUUUUGUUUGGAUUGUGUUUCGGAUCUGUCUGGGCUAAAGCUGAAGCAUUUGUGGAAUGUGUCUAAAACUCUUUUGCCGCGGGACAUCUUUCUGCAACAAACAGGACACGCUUCUGGCCAAAAACAGGUGAACAUCUAUGACGGAAGCGAACAGAGUACCUGAGGACAUGAUGAACACCACAUCUGUACACCAGAACACCACGCUGGCACAGGCAACCACAAGCCAAGCUGACUGUGUGCAGAUUGGACUGAACCCCAUCAGCGACUUCCUGAUGGGUGUUUACAUCCUGGCAUUUGUCUUCGGUUUGACUGUCAACAUGCUGACUCUGUACCCAAUUUUGCAUCAAGUAAAGCAGCAAAAUAUUUUGGGAAUCUUCCUGCUCUCACUGUCUGUAUCUGAUUUGCUUUUCAUCUUCACCAUGCCCCUUUGGAUAAAUUAUUACAACCAGGACCACAAAUGGAACCUUGGUGCCAUGUCCUGCAAAGUAGCAGGCUUCUUCUACUACUCCAACAUGUAUGUUAGCAUCUACCUGCUGUGUUGCAUCUCAGUGGACCGCUGCCUGGUGGUCUGUUACCCGCUGCGUUUCAAGUCCCACCGUACACAUCGCUACGCCUGGGUCCUGUGUGCCAUUGUUUAUGUGACUGUUAUGGUAUUGCACGUAAUAAUUUUAAGCUUCGGCAAAAGUGUUGAUGAAACCAGUGGCCGUUGCUAUGAGACGUACCCCAUGGAGAAAACGGUGGCCAUCUUUAAUAUGGUCAGAGUGGGUUUGGGCUUCAUGCUCCCACUCCUGGUGUUAGCGGUAAGCUACUGGAAGGUGCUGGCCACCGUGGGUCGAAGUCCCAGCCUGAAAACACAGGUGAAAAAGAAAGUUCGUCUCCUUUCUUUUGGGGUGAUCGGUAUCUUCUCCAUUUGCUUUGCUCCAUAUCACAUUAUCUUGUUUAUACGUUCCCUCGUCUUCUUCAGUAAUGACAACCAUUCGCCUGAAGGGCCGUACUGCAAGUUUGAACAAAAUAUACACUUCUUCUUCUCAGUCACACUGGCACUUUCUAGUCUGAACAGCAUGGUGGACCCGGUGUUGUAUGUCCUGGUCAGUAAUGGAGUAAAAGAUAAAAUGAGCAAGUGCUGGGGACGGACUAAACACACAGUUUCAAAUGAAAGCUCUCAGGGUGUCUUUAGAAGAGAAAGUCCUAAUGACAAAGGUCUGAUAUGAAAAUACAUGUGGAAUCUUAUGUGCAUGAGUACAUGUUGGGUAAUUUUAUCAAUCCAAGAUUACCUUAGGGAAAGUUUAAAGCACAGGGGGUUAUAGUAAUCAAUCGAUCAGCACCGAUACCAAUAAUAAACAAUCAAUUUAGACUUUGCAAAGUGGAGAGGAAACAUACACACCAGACAAGGGUUGCAGUUCACUCUCCUCAGACUGACGCCUUCCGAAAGCAUUUAUUAAGCACACACAAAGAUUAACGCACACACAUUUUGACAUUCCUUAGACUCUCAGGUGGGAAAGCUGUAAAAGGGAGUCUAAACUUUCUCCAGGUGCACAUUAAAACAAACAAAGCUAUUUCUAGACUUUCUCAAGGGAGUUUUACUGAUAAAGGUCGGUUCCAAGGCAAGGUCAUCCUCCUCGUAAAACCCACUCCUCCCUGUAAGACCUACUGGAGCCUGGUAUCUAUCAACAGGAUGAACAGGAUGAAGCUACGUUUAAUAAGACACCAGAUGUUUAACAGUCAGGACAUUACUAUUUGUUCAAUAAUAAUAAUAUCAGUUUUUAUCUAACAGUACAUAUAUCCAGAAUUAUGUAUGUUACUAUUGUAUUUUACUAAUACUCAUGUAUUUAGCUUGAGAAAGUGCAGAGUUCAGUUAUUAGGGGGGCUGGAAACAAUCUUCCUCUCACAGUAUUUACUUUGUCUUUCUGUGCCAAUGAAACUUCUCAAAGAUCUCAAAGAACUCUUUUUGUUUCCUUGCCAACCUCUCACUCAUGUCCUCAUUAUCUGACCCAUGUGGUCCUCAGUGGAGUCAUGGGGAGCUGGUGCCUAUUUCCAGCAGUCACCAGGCAAGAGAUGAGAGACACCCUGGACAGGUCUCCAGUCCAUCACGGGACCAAACAAAGACAAAGAACCAGUCACACACCAAGGGACAGUUUAAAGUUCCCUAUGCAUGUUUUUGGUCUGUGAGAGGAAACAAGAGCACCCAGAAAAAGCCCUCACAUGCAUGGGGAAAACAUGCAAACUCCGUGCAGAAAGGCCACACCUGAGGCUGUCUAGCUGUGAGUGCUAUCGUCAGAGACACUUGGCUUUUUAUUGUAUAAAACCACAAUAUGUGUCAUGAAUGAAACUUACUGUGCAGUAAAUUUAAGAGCAUGUCAUUUUUACGUUCAGUUACAGCACAAUCAUGUUUAAAUGCUAGUGAAACAAACCUGAGCUGAAACAAAAUAAAACCGUUUGAAAAGG